AUGUCAGAAAAUACAACUUCCCCGGCACCCACCAAUACCACGGCAACCACCAAUACCACGGCAACCACCAGUACCCCGGCACCCACAACUACACUAGGAACUAACUCUUCCACAGCUCCCCCAGUGACAACAAAACUACCCGUUACGACAGCACCCCCAGCUACAACAGAAGCACCUCUGCCCUGUGCAAAGAAACCAUGUCGUAGCAGUGCUAAGUGUGUUAACCUACAUCCAGGUUAUACGUGCGUGUGCCUGGACGAAUACUACUACACAACAUUAGGAUGUCAGGAAGGGAAAGUAUUCCCUGGACAGUUUACACUGAAAAUAACGUAUACCGACAGCAUGGCAAAUGAAAACACUCCGGAGUAUGGGGAUUUAUACAGAAAUAUCACAGAUUUUUUCAACACAACUUUCAGAAAUGAGACAGACUAUGAACAGACGGUAAUAGAGAAUGUAAAACAAAGUUCAGCAAAAUCUAAAAUACAGAGUAAAGCGGAGACCAGUGAAACUAUUGUGACACUAAGGAACAUGUUUACAGUGACCACAGAAUUAACCCCUGAAAAUGUUACUAACCUCAUAAAAGACGCAAUGAAGGACAAUUCCAAUUUCAAUACUGCUAGCUAUCAAGCACUUUCCCAAUGUGACAUUUAUCAGUGUGAUGAGGCAACUACUACUUGCAAGGAAAAUGAUGGAAUAACGUGUGAAUGUAAACCAGGAUUUUCUAAGAAGAACCCACGAGACAAAAGCUGUUUAGGUUGUGAUAACACCUGUUCUAAAGAAAAUCACAUGCAUUGUGUUACGGAUAGCAACAGUGCCCCAGUUUGCCAAUGUCUUCCUAAUUUCCGAAACAAAGAUGGAAACUGUGUGGAGAGAGGUUCCCUUGUAUACCAUGUUUGCUAUGAAUAUUUAAUCUCUCUCUUUCCAGAUUCCUUGUUGAUCCUUAUCAUUGUGGCUGUCCUGUGUGGGGCUCUUAUCCUGGGCUUAAUUGCAGGACUCGUUGUCACUUCAGUGAGAGCAAAUAAAAGCCAAAGAAGUCCAGAGAAGAGGCAUUUGCUGACAGAGGACUAUUCAAAUAAAAGAGACACACCUGGACAUAUUUCUGCCAUCAACUCUGCUGCAAAUGAGAAAAUCUUUCCCAGAAUCCAGACUAGCAAUGCUGCUCAAGUCAACCGAGGGUUUGAGAUAAGCAACCCUUAUGAGAUGGGACCACCAACAAGGAAACUUCCUGAGAGGGAUUAUGAUGAUGAUGAGUAUGAAAUGUCAUCAAGGGGUGAUGGCUUCAGGCUUCAGCGCAAAUACUGAAUUUAAGCAGAACAAGAGACCGGCAGCUUGAAGAGAUAGGAGAGCCAUGACAACAG